AUGCCGACCAACGGUGAGGCCCCAGCAGCGGAGACGGCGGCACCGGCGGGGCCGGCGUCGCUUGGAUGGGGAUGGGGUUCAUGUCCUGCGCUGUACGUGUCCUACGGCUUGUCCGCCCUGAAAGGCCGGCAACCGGAGCUGACGGGCGCCCUGGCUGCCGUGCCGUCGUUCACGGCGCUGUCGCCGCCCAUGGGGCUCGACUACUUCGGGGUCUUCGACGGCCACUCGGGCGCGGCCGUCGCCAAUUACCUGACGGAGCAGCUGCACGGCGCCAUCGCGGACCAGAUCUUGCGCGAGCUGGUCGCCGAGGCCCCGCGGUUCCUCCACGGGCCGCAGGGAGACGUGGAGGGGUGGUGGAGGACGGCCAUGGCGGACGCGUUCCAGACAGUGGACGCGGAGCUGCUGAAGGGAGCAGGCGGUGUGGACGCUUCGGUCGCCGGCGCGACGGCCCUCGUGGCGCUGGUCCUGGAGGAGUACGUGGUGCUCGCCAACUGCGGCGUUUCCAGGGCCGUCAUCUCCCGCGGCGGCGAGAUCUUGCAGCUCACCUCCGAGCACCGGAACCCCAACAAAGACAAUGAGGACCAGCCGAUCCAAGCUAGUCCAUCAAACAUCCAUGUAUGUAAGACAAACAGGCCUGAUGAGAAGCAGCGUGUGGAAAACGGCGGGGGACGCGUGGAUGAAUCCACCAACACAGUUGACGAGUUUCUGCCAACCUCCCGCGCAUUUGGGAGCUAUCUGUACAAGCAAUACGUGAUCGUCGAACCCGAGGUGACAGCGGUGGGUCGCGAUCCGCGGGACGAGUUCCUGAUCCUGGCCACCGCCGGGCUCUGGGACAGCGUCUCGCCGGUGGAGGCGUGCCGCGUGGUGGAGCGGAAGCUGCGCAGCAGGUCGCGGAGCGCCAUGGCAUGGGGGGCGGCGCCCGACAACAACAGGGUCUCGGCAACCAUGCUCGCCAAGGAGCUGGCCCAGCACGCGGUCCGCGCGGGCAGCACGGGCAACGUCAGCGUUAUCGUCGUCCUCUUCAGGGACGAUCCCGCUGCCACGGCCUCCCCUGCUCCGGUGUUGGCUAGCGGGCGCGUCCAGCGCCCGCGGCGUGGGUGUCGCUCGUGUGGCUCUCCGUGA